AUGUUGUACGAUACAGAUUUCAAUAAUUUAUUUGAUAUUUUGUUUUUUCGUACAACAACAUUAACUGGUUUUCUCUUAUAUUGGAUACCAAUCAUCUGUAUCCUAUCACCAUCUUAUCUUCGUCCAUUUGGCUUUGUUGAUGGUACACAAGAAUUUAAAGUUCAUCGUAUGCAACAGUUUGAUUUAUACGGACAAGCAUUUGGUAGUCGUCAAGCCUAUUUGUCAUCUGAAGUUCGAAUAUGGUCUCAACCAAAUAUUUAUCGUAAAACGGUGUUGAUACAUCUGAAUAAAAUAACCAUUGAACGUUUUCGACAAUUGAUAUCAAAUGGAAUUAAUGGAUUAUUUAUAUUAAUACCAAAUAUGUCAUCUCGUUGGCAGGAUGAACAAAAACAACAAUUGUGCGAGUUAGAACAAAUAUUACUUUAUGAAUCCGUUCAAAUACCCGUUUAUUUUCUACAGGAAACACAACAAACAAUUGAUUUGUAUAGAUCAAUUGAAUCAAGACGUGAUUCACAAAAAGAUUCAGCAUUUGCCGUUCUCUAUGAUAAAGUAACAGCUGAUGGUUAUCAAUUUUCCAUAGCACAAGGACAGUAUCAUCAGCGACAGGACAAUGUUAUGUAUAACAUACAAGGAAAACUUACUGGUCAUGGAAUUGAAGAACGUUUACCAAAAAUAUUAUUUGUAGCACAUUAUGAUGCAUCAGGGAUAGCCACAGGUUUAUCGUAUGGUGCAGAUUCGAAUGCAAGUGGUCUACUAGUCUUAUUGAAAUUAAUACGUCUAUUCUCAAAAUUAUAUGCCAAACAAACAACACGGGCAAAAUAUAAUUUAUUAUUUUUGUUUUCUGCUGGUGGCAAAUUGAAUUAUCAAGGUAGUAAACGAUGGAUCGAUGAUUAUCAUGAUCAACAACAACAACAGCAGUUACAAAACGAUAUUAAUGUUGUUAUUUGUUUAGGUACGCAUUGUAUAUCAUUACGUUUAGUGCUAGUACCUUGUUUUGAAUGUCUAUUUAUCUAUUUAGAUGCAUUAGGUCAAUCGAAUCAAUUAUAUAUGCACGUCUCAAAACCACCUCGAGAUACACAAUCAGCUGGUAUUCUACGAGAUUUAUUAACGAGGUUAAGUGAAAAAUCUGUUUAUGGUCCAUUAUAUUUUGAUCAAAUACAUAAAAAGAUACUGAAAACAAGUGAAUUUGUUGCAUGGGAACAUGAAAAAUAUUCAUGGUCAAAAAUGCCUGCCUUCACAAUUUCACAUUUAAAUACAUCAAAAACGUGUCAACAUUCAACUAUAAGUGAUUUUAAAGAAGAUGUUCAUUUAUCAUCUAUUGAUAAAAAUUUUCAUUAUAUUAGUGAUGCAUUAAUACGUUUAUUAUAUAAUACAACGGAUUUGAAUAUGUCCGUUAUUGAUCAUAAAUAUAUUAUGUCACAGCAGCAAUCAACAUAUGAUCAACAAUUUUUGAAAAUAUGGUUAAAUUUUUUAACUUCUCGUUCGCGUGCACAAUCAUUAUUAACUAAACAGCAUCCAGUUUUAAUUGCAUUAGAGCAAUAUGCACAAAAUUAUUUACAAAAUGUACAAAAAGUACCAGUUAGAUCACAUAGCAAAAAAGAUCCAGAAUUUAUAUUUUAUGACGGUGAUGAUGAAGCACGAUUACUCUAUGUUUAUCGUGUUAAACCGGCUAUAUUCGAUUUAGUUUUAGCAUCAUUUAUUGCUAUUUAUUUGGGCAUUAUUUAUUUAUAUACAUUUACUCCAUUAAAACUUACUAAUGAGAUUGAUUGUAUUGAUGAUUACUCUGGUCAAAUAUCACCAAAAGCCGGCAUAUUACUGAUGUAA